AGGCUCAGGCUCACGAUGGCGGCCGCUACAACUACAACUGCUGCAGCUCAGGAAGGUUUGAGGCAAAGAUUGCUGCCUGAAUCUGAAAAUGAGGAGUACCAAGAUCUACCGUACGGCGGAAAAGUCUACUUGGCGCGAAGGAAGAAAGCUGAUCCGACAUAUGUUCGGGUUUUGGAGGCAUGCAUGAUUAUUGGUACCAUAGCAUUUGCUCUGUAUGCAUAUUUCUACUUUGAUAACCUGCAUUUCCAUGUAACCCACGGUUAUGCACAUCUGGGAUAUCCUGAGGCACAACACCAAGUUGGCCAGAGGUAUCUUUAUGGAAAAGGAACCGAGAAGCAUUCAGAGAAAGCUAUGCAGUGGUUCAAGAAAGCUGCUGACCAGGGUCAUGCUCAUGCUUCUUAUAAUUAUGCCAUAGGUCACCUGAAGGGUUAUAAAAGUGACCUGCGAAAAGGUGAUGCCCACAAACUAAUCCGCCAUGCUGCUUCAAAAGGGGUGAAAGAGGCAGAAGAAACACUGAACAGUGUCUGUACGCAAGGCGGUUGUGACAAGUGAAGACGGUUGUGACAGGUGAAGGCGGUUGUGACAGACGAAGAUGGUUGUGACAUUGUGGGAAGUGAAACUAAAAUGGCUGUUUCAGACUUCUUCCAAGACAAAUCUUUCCCUCUCUAUUUUUAAUUAUGCUUUCAAAUUUGUGUUAAAGCAGGCAGUAUAGGUUAUAAUAACAUUAUCGUUAACAAGGCGUGCAAUAUGGAAUUUCUAACAACAGGCCAGAAACUUAAAAUCUGUGCAGGAGAUAAGCUUAAAGCAUUGCUAAAGUUCAUUAAACUCUUACUAAAAAAGAAAUACUCAUUUUGGGAUUCAGCUAACCUAAUACAGUUUCAGUGUGUCUCAGUAAAGAAUAUUUUGAUCACGGUUAUGAAAGUUGGCAAAGCACGAGUGAAAACUAAGUUUGUCAGGGAAAACUGAGUGCAUGAAUAAGAAGUUAUUCAAGAUCCUUUGAAGUUAAUCAUCUGUGGUUAUGUGGGGUUUUUUUUUGAUGAAGAGUAAAUUUAAGCAUUUCAUCAGUCAAUAUUUUUGUUAGAAUUCUUCACACUUUAAGACAUCAUUUAAGAUCCUUAUUGAUGAAUACUGAUAUCAUGUCCGUCCAAAGUAUUUUUCAGUAAAAAUUACACCACUGUAAUUUGGUUAUUAUGAGGUAGAUGAAUAAUCGUAUCGUUUUAGUGUGUAUUUUUAAAAAUUUAUUCCUUGACGCACAUAUGUAUCAACUUAUGUUAAAAACUUAGAUGUAUGGAAGUGUGUUCAAAAUGUGAUUUACAUGUAUUUUAAUAAACUGCU